AUGGUUGAAGGCAUUGAAAGCAUGGAUAGAGGUUGUGAGACCAUGAGGGAGAUGAAAGAGAUUGAGACUGUGAUGGAAAUUAGGGAGAUUGAAACCGUUAGGGAGAUGAGGGAAUGUUAUACUACAAGGGAGAUGAGGAAAGCUAAGAGAUAUGUGGAAUCUAGGGAUUGGGUUGCCGGCUAG